AUGCCGCACAAAAUAAAUCCAAAAGAUUUAGAACUGCCCCCAAAUCUCGUAGCCUCCAAACCUAAAUCCUCCGCCGCCGCCGCCGCCAGUCGAGCCCUCUCUGGCCGCUGGUGCUCUCUCCCCGUCCGGCUACGUGCUCUCCGGGCCGUGAGGCUGUCGGCCCCUCUCCCCUCAUUCUCCAGCAUCUCCGACGCUAACCGCACACCAUCCUGCCAUGGCCACGUGCUCGACUGUUAUUCCUCGGCAAGUGCUCUCUCCGGCCAGCCGCCGCGUGUAAGCUUCCAGCAAGGUUGCCGCCACCCUGCCUGGCCCGUCCCCCCCUCUCCACCGUCGUAUCCACCAUUGCCGUCGGAGUACAAAAGAGAGCCUGGCGGCGGCGAGAGAGGGAUCUGGAUAUGGCUAGCGAGGGGCUUGGGAUACAGAGGAGAAAAGAGGUCCUCGGCUCCCCCCUUCGGCCUUCCCCAGCCAGAUCUGCUCCCCUUCAUCCACCCCGACUCCCCGAGCUCCUCUCGCAGAUUAUAUGGCCGUGAAGCUAGCUCGGCGUUGAAAAGAGCAUCACCCUGUAGCUGUGCAUCCUUCUCUAACAAGCACUUAAGCACUACCAUGGCCGGGCUGUGGGCCGUCGGGCACUAAUUCGACUAUUUUCACGGCUACUGCCUCAAUGACCGACCAAGAAACUAUGGCGACGGCGGCACCAGUGGCCCCAUGGAGGUGGCGCCGGAACCCUAGCUGCUGCUGCUCUCCGCCGAGUCCCCUCCUCGUCUCCUCCUUCGUGCAAUGUUCAAGCUGGAGGAUGUGUCGAUGGGAAUAUGGAUCAAUGAGAUGAAGAAGGAAGGCUUUUAUGUCAAGUAUGAGAAUGAUGGAAGGAUCUUGGUGGGAAUCUAGUUGCGCACUACCAGGAGCCAAUGUAGAUCAUGUGCCUCUAGAUCAAAUUCCAGAAAACAAAGCGACAUAUUUUUGCUCUCAAACAGUGAACCAUAAUGUUUGCUCUAGUUUAUUAGUUAAAUUAGUGUAUGGGAAAUUUUGAUGUGAAAAUUUAUGAAUGUGUGAUUAUUGUUUGGUUUUGGUUUAAUAUUGUUGGAUGACAUGCACGUUAUUGUAAUGAAUUAUGUAAC